AUGCCUGUGAAAAGAGCAGCUGCCAUUUACAAGGUGCCUGUAACAACUUUAAGGGACAGGGUACUAGGCAAAGUAGAUCAUGAAACAGCAGUUCAUGGAAAAACACCAAUAUUUUCCAAAGAGGAAGAGCUUAAGUUAAAAAAUCACUUUAAAUUGAUGGCAAGUCUUGGAUAUGGCUAUACCCGUUCAGAAUGUGUUGACAUUGCUGCUGAUUUUGCAUUUCAGCUAGGUAAAAGAACAAAAGAUAGGCCAUUAACAAUUAAAUGGAUCAGAGGUUUUUUGAGAAGAUGGCCUGAACUUAGAGUUCUAAAGCCAAGGGGGUUAGAAUAUGCCCGUGCUAGAAAGGCAUCAGAAGCUGUUGUCCAGCAGUACUUUGCAAAUUUAAAGAAUACUCUUGAAGAACAUGACUUUCUAAAUAACCCCCACCUGAUCUAUAAUAUCGAUGAGAAAGGGCUCACCAUUGAUCACAAGUCCCCACAUAUAGUAGCCAGCGGUGAUUACUGUCCAGUUGCUGUUACCUCUGGUAAAGGGAAAACCGUCACUUUGAUAGGAGGUGCAAGUGCAUGUGGGUCAAGUAUACCACCGUUUUUUGUAUUUCCGGGUAAAAGACUUAAUCAAGAACUGUUGCAAGGAAAAUCCCCUGGUGCUGAUGGUGCGGUAAGUGACUCAGGCUGGUCAAACCUUGCACUUUUUAGGCAGUAUCUGACAACACACUUCAUAAAAUAUGUCCCAGGUCGUGAAGGACAGAAGUUGCUGGUUUUGCUUGAUGGCCACCGGUCUCAUGUUUCAGUUGGUUUGUGUGAGUGGGCUAGGGAUCACGGAAUUGUAUUAUUUAUUUUGCCUGCCCACACCUCGCACAUACUUCAGCCAUUGGAUGUUUCCUGUUACGGGCCUUUCCAGCGAAUGUAUGACGCUGCAUGCCACAAGCUGAUGAGGCAGACAACAUCUGUAAUCAGUAGGUACAAUGUUUGUGAAAUAGCAUGCAAAGUCUAUUCCAAAGCACUUUCCACAGACAAUGUGCAGUCUGGUUUCAAAAAGACAGGCAUAUGUCCCUUCAAUUCAGAUGCUGUUCCUCAUGAGUACCUGAUACCAGCAGAAGUGUAUCAAGAAUCAAGCAAUGCAUUAGAUCACUGCAGCCAAGAUACUGUGCCUGGAGGCAUCAUUGAUCAAGGCAGCCAAGAUACCUUACCUGGAGGUAUCAUCAUUGACCAUGUAUCACCACAGCAAGAGGAUCUCUUCAGGCAGAAGGAGAAAAAGCUUAGAGAAGUGAAAAGUAAAGAAAAGAAAACACGUAACACUAUUAGUAAAGUUGUGUCAGGUCGAGAAAUCACUGAUAGUAUUUUGAACAAACUGAAAGAUCAUGAAUCUGAGCAAAAUGUCCGACCCAAGAAAACAAAACAGGAAACUUUGAAAUCAAACAGUAUGAAUCCGAAGAAACAAGAAAAGCGCAGUUACAACACCCCUGAGCCUCAGCCAGGUCCAUCGCAUAUUAAUAUUCAAGACAGCGAUGAAGAAACAUCAUCAGACAGCGACAAAGAGGAAGAUAAGUGUUGUGUGUGCAAAAAAUUCUCCCCUUCAGAAGUGUCAAGAAGUAUUUCAUUGAUCUUCGUGAAAUGGGCUCAGUGUGACGGCUUAAGAAAUGGCCAGCCGUGCAAGCAUUGGGUCCACUUAACAUACUGCACACCAGUGAGAGUUGUCAGAAGAGGUGAUCACUUUUACUGCACACACUGUAAAAAAGAAGAAUAA